UACCUCCCUCCCCAGUCCCCACUCGGAUAGGUCAGCGACGGCCAUCUCUGCAGUCUACAAAUCGAUGCGAAAGCCUCCAAGUCUCCAACCUCAAAAGCGAAAGUCUUGAUUUAUUGGAAAGUUUACUUUUCCUUGAGGUUCUAGAAGUUGAGGAUGGUUUUGCUGAAAGACAUAGUUCCUGCAGCUCAGAACAACAUUAAUGCAGAGUUCAUACUUCUGGACAAAGGAAGGAUAACAUUAGAAGGUCAACAACAUAAGACAUGCUUGGCGCUUGUGGCUGAUGAGACUGCUGCAGUCCAUUUUCAGUUCUGGGGGGCCGAGUGUGAUGCCUUCGAACCAGGUGACGUUAUCAGUUUAGCUAAUGGUAUUUUCUCAUACAACCGAAACAAUCUAGUGCUGAGGGCUGGGAAGAGGGGGACAGUGGAGAAGGUGGCAGAAUUCACAAAAGCAUUCGUUGAGACACCCAAUAUGAGUGAGAUUUCUUGGGUUCCUCAUCCGACGAACCCUAGGCAAUAUGUACAGGAGGCUGUAAUAUCACCCAGCUCACGUAUUUUCCCGCCAACAUCAUAAUUUACAGCUCCCUUUGCUUUUGUUGAAGUUCUCUUGAAUCUUGAUGAUGAAUUGCGAGUUUAUUGUUUCCAAUGUGGUUUUAAUACAUCUUCGUUUGAUUAGACAA